GCGGCCAGUACCUCUUCGUGUUUUACCACCGCGCUGUGGGCUGCUGUGGCACAACGGCGACGUGGGGCGCUUUAGAAGAAGCAAAGCAGAAACUGCGUGAGUUUUACUUUGAGCAGCUCUUGUUGCGACCGAAGCCAGAGAAUCGGACCCAGAAAGGCUGGCAGAACAUCCUGGAGUCAGCUCGCUUGAGUUUGGAGCCCAAGCUGGAUAGACUGAGCAGGAUCGAGGACGUUUUCGCUUUGGCUGAAAAGUGUUUGAACAAGAACCAGAGCAUCUUGGAAGAUUUUCGGUUCAUUGCAACAGACAACGUGUUUUGUGAAGCUGUAGAGUGGAGUGCUCAAGAGAACUUUGUGCACGCGACUGAAGAGGGCAAGACGUUUGAGCGUGACCUGGAGAUCUUGUCUAGGUUGGACGAGGGCAAGAAUAGCAGAUCCGGUGUGUUCGAACAGUCGCUGGAACCUCAAAGUGAACCACUCGACCUGAUCGAGACGAGUGAGCCCACACCCAAGAGGUUGAAGUUCGAGAUUUUGGAAGCCUUAGGCAACAUGGUGAUGCAGGGCCAAGAGCAGAAUCGUUCUUUCAUGGGUUUGUUUCAGUCCAUGUCCAUUGAGCAGCAAAGACAGUCAGAAGAGUUGAAAGAAGCGGUCACUCACCUUGGUUCCAGGAAGGAAGCUCCGACGGGGUGGACGAAGUUCAUUCCCCGACCUGACCCUUUCAAGCCCAAAGACCGAGAAGAAGAGCUAACUCAAUGGCAAGAUUGGAGUUGGAGCUUCAAGCAGUGGAUCCUUGCAAUAAGCCCUGAGAUGUAUACUGCGAUUGAAGAGGUAGAGCAGGAUUUGAGUUCGCCUUGUGAAGAAGCUACUAUGACCGACGAUGCCAUCCUACAGGGAAAGCAGCUGUACGCAAUCCUCACAAGCAUGCUUCGGGAAAGGCCUCUCCAAAUCCUCAAGAGUGUCACCGGUGCCAAUGGAUUCGAGACGUGGCGUGUGCUAAACAAUGUGCUGGCACCCACCAAUAAGACACGAGCGCUUGCACUGUUGGGAGCAAUCUCACAGUUUCCGGCAAUGAAUCAAGGGAAUCUCCUGGAGCAGGUGCUACGUCUGGAGGAUCUCUUCCGCAAGUACGAGCAGGCGUCGGGAAAGCCAGUUCCGAAUGAGAUGCAGAGUGCAAUCUUGUUACGUGUUUUGCCUCAGCAAGUUCGGUCACACUUGACAAUCACCAUCGGUGACGAUUCAACGUAUGAGAGCAUGAGAGACAUGAUCCUUCGGUGGGAGCGCUCUACACAGAAGUGGUCUUCGCAAAUCGUGACAGGAGGGGCACCGCAGAAACCUUCGUAUGAUGAUCCGAACGGCCCGAGCCCCAUGGAUGUCGAUCGUGUGAAAGGAUGGCCUAAAGGAAAAGGCAGGUGGGGUAAAGGGGCUGGCAAAGGUAGUGGCAAAGAUGGAGGAAAGUAUGGAGGAAAGAACGGCAAAGGCAAAGGUGGCAAAGGAGGAUAUGAGAGUCGUCCAGGCAAAGGAAAAGGCUAUGAGAAAGGAGGAAAAGGAAAACAGUCCUCAUGGAGCAGGAAUGAUUGGAGCAAAGGAGGAAAGGACAGAGGAAAGAAAGGAGGAAAGGGCAAAGAAAGGCUUUCUCAUGAUGCUUGUCGAAUCUGCGGGAAGUCAGGGCACUGGGGCAAUGAGUGUUGGAUGAAGGACAAAGUUCGAAACAUCAACCAGAAUGAUACAUCGUCCGCAUCGGGGAACAGUUCGUCCGCAUCGAGCUCAAAUUCAUCGACCGGAACAGCAAGUGUGAAGCGUGUGUUUGAUCUUGCAGACAGUGAUCGACUUGAUGUCCCAAUGACAACGGGUUGUCUAUGA